UAUACCAAACAAGAACACAAUUAAUCGCUUGUGCUCGAGUCAGUUCUGUAAUCUCUAUAAAAUGCAUAAGUUGGCAAUAAAGAAUUGUAAGUAGAUGAAAGCACUGAAGAGUAUGCAUUGUGAAUGACCUGAAUAACAUGCACAAAUUUGUUAUGAGCUCACAAAUUUUACGGUAUCAUGCCGGUGGUGAUGGUUUUACUCAUUUUAAGUUCUGAAAAGUAAAAUUCUUGAUUUAACUGUUAGUACACAAGAAGAAAAGAAAUCAUGAAAUGAAAUAGAGGAAAGCAUAAUUUGUUGCGGUAUUCAGUGUUCUCCAUUGCUCAUAAAGCAUCUUAUAGAAACAAAAAGGAUAUAUUAAACACGAAUAGUCAGAAUGAAUGGUGUAUUUACAUUUUUCCGUUUUCCUUUUCAGAUUGAAGUUGAGUUUAUCCCUUAUUAUUUGAUUAUAAUGCUUACUGUUCAUGCAAUUGCACACCAUAAACAGCAUUUGUCAUGCCCAAUAUGCCCCAAAUAGCAGCAUCUUUUAUGUUCAAAACUUGAAUAUGCAAUGAUAAAUAAGCACAUUCAUUCACCAUAGCUAUUAAUGAAUUACUAGAUAUACUUUAUAUAUAUAUUUUCCUAGAUAUACUUAUAUUUAGUUUGAUACCGUGCUAUGACUUCAUCAGUUUUGACAUACAAAAGACAAAAAGGAAAUCCCUUAAGCAUUGAUAUAGUGGUCAUUUACUCCUUUAAUGCUAGAUUACUUUCUCACCUUCAACAUUUAUUACUAUGACCCCUGUCUCUCUUUAUAUACAACAUAUGGCACCUCUCUCUCUUUCAUGUGCACACACACACACAACCCCCCCUUGAAACAAGUUGGAAAAGUCGAUCGCGCACGCGCACACGCACGCACUCCUUCCUACAAGCACUUAAAUGGCUCUCUCUCUCUCUCUCAAGGACACACACACAUACCCCUCCCAAUAAGCACUCACAUGGCUGUCUCGAGAAGUUAAGCACUUGUUUAACCACGAUGGUUCUUAAAAGCAAUAAGGAAAGCACCAUAGUAGCUGAGGGAUAUAUCAAGGAUGAGCCCAUUGAUGGAGAUUACAAGCCUGAGAUAAGGAACAAGAAAGGCGGUUGGCCGCCAGCGUUACUUUUGCUAUUGAAUCAUGGACUCGCUACUCUAGCCUUUGUUGGCGUUGAAGUGAACCUGGUGCUCUUUGCAACACGGGUUCUAAAUCAAACCAAUGCGGAGGCAGCCAACACCUUCAGUAGGUGGAUGGGGACGGUCCAUCUCUUCUCUCUAAUGGGUGCUUUUCUGAGUGAUGCAUACUUGGGUCGAUACACUACAUGCGUCAUCUUCCAAUUUGUCUUUGCUAUUGGCUUGGCAAUGCUUUCAAUGACAACUUCCUUUCUACUACUCAAACCACAUGGCUGUGGCAAGCUAGGAUUUCUAUGCGAUUCCCACUCCCCUUUUGAAAUUACCAUGUUCUACCUUUCCAUUUAUUUAAUAGCCUUAGGCAAUGGUGCAUAUGAACCCUCCCUUGCCACUUUCGGCUCCGACCAAUUUGAUGAACAAAACUCACAAGAGAACUCCUCAAAUCAGUCAUUCUACAGCUAUUUCUAUGUUGCCACAAACCUGGGAUCAUUAAUAUCAGAAACUGUAUUGGCAUAUAUACAAAAUUUGGGUGAUUGGUCAUUAGGAUUUUGGGUGUCUACUGCUAGUGCAGGGACUGCUUUCUUAAUGUUCUUGAGUGGAACCAUGAGGUAUAGGAGGUUUAAGGCCAGCGGGAACCCGAUCUCAAGGUUUUUCCAAGUGGUGGUGGCCGCAUGGAGGAAAUCGACGGUUGAGAUCCCAUUGCAUGACGAUGGGCUAUUCGAGGUUCAUGGAACAACUACAACUACUCAUGGUGCUAGGAAGAUACUUCACACUAAAGGAUUCAGGUUUCUUGAUCACGCAGCGGUGAUCACCGCCAAAGACAGGAUUGACGAUCCAAAACCGAACAACUCAUGGUGCCUUUGCACGGUUACCCAGGUAGAAGAGGUGAAGUCCGUGCUCCGCCUUCUACCCGUCUGGCUUUGCACCCUAACUUUCUCGGGGAUUUUUCUACAAAUGUACUCACUCUUUCUCGAACAAGGAGCCGCAAUGAAAACCACAGUAAAUAAAUUCCACAUUCCCCCUGCGAGCAUGACAGUUUUUGAUAUUGUCAGUGUAUCAUUCUUCAUUAUCUUCUACGACAAAUUAAUUGUACCACUUUACGCCAAGUUAACCAACUUAGCCCCUACUGCUCCAUCAGAUCUUAAGAAAAUGGGAAUAGGUCUGAUGAUAGCAUCUAUUGCAAUGGUCACAGCUGGCAUAAUAGAGCUAAAAAGAAAACAUCAUUGCACAAAGGAAGUAGAGGAAAUGAGUUCACUAAGUUUGCUUUGGCAAAUACCUCAGUAUGUAUUAAUCGGUGCAGCAGAGGCUUUCGUAUAUGUAGGUCAAUAUGAUUUUUUUGGCACAGAGGCCCCGGAUGGAUUGAAGAGCUUAGGGAUUGGUCUUUGCAUGGCCUCUACUUCUAUAGGAAGUUAUUUGUGCAGUUUGAUACUCACACUGGUGAUGGUGAUCACAGCGAAGGGAGGAAGAAAGGGUUGGAUACCGUCUGAUCUGAAUCAUGGGCAUUUGGAGAGGUUCUUCUUCCUCAUGGCGGGAUUGACUCUGGUUGAGUUAGCAGUAUUCAUUUGGUUCGCAAGGAGAUAUAACCGUAUAUCAUUGGAGAGAAAAGAGGGGCAAUUAAUUGAGACAGAAUAAUCCAAUGAUUUGUAAGGAGUUUGCAAAACUGUUCUAGAUCAGACUAAUGGAAUUUAUACUAACAACAUAAUAAAUACCAUUCCUUGUCUGAUCAUGUUGUUCGAGAAAGUACAAAAGAAAACAAAAAAAAAAAUGUACCUCGAGUUUUUCGCUUUAGGUUCCCAAGUGCAGAGCAGGUAACCUGAUUCAAGCACAACGUAAAUUAAUGAUGCUCCUGCAUCGAAAUAUUUGAACUAUCUCCAUGGAUUUCUCCAACUUAUAUAUGAACAAUAUAACCAACCAAAUGAUCUUGGGGCAGCAGCUCUUUAAGAGUCUAAUUACAACAACUGAUGAGACAACUGUUUGAAAUAUUAAUUACUGAAACAAGAUUUGUCAAGUAUAUAGUAGUAAAAUCAGAUGCCGAAAUUAAAAAAAAAGGUAUAAACAUACAUAACUUACCCGAACCAUGAAGCAUUUUGAAUCGGCUACCCAACCUUUCAAAGUUUUGAUUUUACUACUCAAUCUUUCAAUUUGUUUAAUUUGAAACAGUCAAUGAUACUUUGACUUUAAAAUUUAUUACUUAAUUUAUUAAUUUAUAACUGCGAGAAUUGCAUGAAGUAUAUUAACUAAACAUAUAAAUAUAAAUGGCACAAUCAAAUUUGAAGUCAUAAUGCCGUUGACUGGCUCAAAUCAAAUAAAUUGAAAGGUUAGAUAGUAAAAUCAAAAGAUUGGGUAGCCAACUCAAAAUUGUCCAUGGUUCUGAUGACUUCCAUACGUUUUUACCAAAACAAAAAGGAUCCAUCUGUUGCACAGGAAAUAUAUACCAAAAAGUACUAAAGAGCAGAACAAGAAAAAAAAAUAAAAAAUCUAAUUUUACCAGUGCGGCAU